AUGUCACUCUUGCCAAAACUCCUCAGUUCAUCAGACCUUCCUGAGCUCACAUGGAACUCCGUUGACCGCGACCCAGCGACAAAACACCUCUUCGCCGCCGAUGAUUUGUUGAGGUUCGCCGCCCAACCUCGCCAACAGCUCGCCACACCCAUAAUUCAACAGCUCCAAGAAGAACUCAAUUUCACCCUUUCUUCGAUGGUGAAUAUUCUCUCUGCAGGCAGUUCUCAAGAGGCGAAUAACGAUGAAAUAUCUUCCCUCCCGAUGAAUAUCAAAGCGCGCCGGAAGGAAGCACAGGAUAUGCAGGAAGAUCUCAACACCAUAACAGCUGGGGUUUGCGACUUGAUCGCAGAGACGAACAUUACUCACGACAACCUUCAAAAAGCACUCAGGAAGGCAUUAACCGAAACAUUUCAAGUUCACGACAAGUUUCGUUCAGCUACAACCGACCUGGUCGCGACAAUGAUCGAAACAUCGCUCAUCAAGCUGUCGCUCAUCAGAGCUCGUUCUCAGCAGGCACUAUACGACUACAGGCCCACGACGGAUGCGAAAUCCCCAAGAAGUAUGGCCAAAGCACUUGAUGCUGCCCACAGGAAACUGAGAAAGGACGAACAACGCCUGAAGGAAGAUGAAUUUCAAGUGGACCAGCAGUUGCAGGAAUACGAGGGGGUGUUAAAAAUUGUUGACGUUAGUUCAGGAGGAUACAGACAACUGAUUGACGACUGGGUGAGGGUAAAGAGAGAAACUGAAGAAUGUAGGAGGGACUUGCGCAGACUUGGAUGGACAGGCCCCGAUUGA